AUGGAAAACGUUCAAUUCGCUCAAUUUAAUGAAAAGGCAUCUCCUCACUUUGCUCCCCGGCCGAAACCUCGGCCUAUCCCUACCCCCUCUGAAGCCAUUCAGCUUCCGGGUUACGGCCUGCCCUUGAAUUACCUUCCACCUCAGAGAGACCGGUUCCCCGUGCUCAUGGGCGACCAUAACAAGGAUUGGAAAGCAACAACUUUGCUCAUUCGCCAACCCGAGUGGUGGCGCAAAGUUCGCGACCCCAAUAUCGCGGCGAGAUGGAAGCAGGAGGUUCUGGGCUUAAACUGGGCAGAAUACAGGAAACAUGGAGACUUUACAUACAAGAACAUGGCAGAGAUGUGUAUCCGGGAGCUUUGUAAAAAGGCGGCUUUAUACGAAGAAACAAGCUUGAUUCCAGUCAUGGAUCACUCGACCUGUGUCGCCAAGUCCGACAAGCUCGUCUCCGACGACUUGACGGAGCGGCUCAAAACGGCGGUCAGGUCUCUUGAGCAUGUGGCAGACAGCGACAAGGAUUGGCACCCGGAAAGCGACGGCAAGGUCCUCGACUUGGUGCACCCGUCACUCUUUCCGCUACUAUACGGCCGUUCUCGCAUCAUGCGGCAGCUGGAGGCGACAAUCGACUGGCGCGGAGCACCAAUAGAAGUCGUGUCGCCCAGAUUUCAGUGGUUGCCAUGCGACGUUGUCAUUGACGAAAAUGGUCGGGCCACCAUUGAGAGUUACAUUAACAACCUGCACCCAAAGGACCACGCUGGUUUGUAUUCCGUUAUAGAGCAGUUUAUUCAAAAGUCCCUGCCAGCCUGGGAUCUAAUCUACCGUUGGGUAAAGAGGUUCCCUGUGCAGCGUCUGACAGCUCGGAAAGUUGGUCGGGGCGUUUCGCGACCUGACGUCGUCCCUGACGAGGCAGCGAAACAGAGUGAGGAGGAUGAUGAUGAUGGCGAGGAACACCAAGAUCAAGGAUUAGAUGGCGACACUCUGGGCCAACCUUGUAGCGAAGAAAUCGAGGACGCAAAAAAGAAAUACCACACCUCUGAUGAUGAGAAUAGUGACGAGUCCGGAAAUCCAGAUGAUGUUGAUUCCGACGGUGAGGAUUAUGAUGAUGACGAUGAUUUGGAACCCAAGCUGGAAUUGGAAACACGUCGGACCCUCGAGAUUCUUCAAUCGCACUCCUCGCAUCCAAGUUAUCGUGAAACUAGCCAAGUUCACCUCACACCCGACAAACCAUCCUACGACGGCGGCUCGUGGCAUAUUGAGGGCCAACUGAACGAGCACAUUUGUGCGACGACUCUGUUCUAUUAUGACUGCCACAACAUCACCGAAUCCCGGCUUGCAUUCCGUACGCCCGGUAACACGGAGAACCUGAGCCAGCGGCUAAAGUAUCCACAAAACGACAAGGCGUCCAUCGAGCGAGUAGUUAUUUGCAAUCCGCAGCGGCUUCGACACUCUCCAAGACGUGGGAAGCGUACUCACGCGCCCUGGGCGGUCGCUGUUCUUUUCAAACUUGUGCCAACACCGAGUGCAGCCCUUCAAGUUAGAGGACCCAACCAAGCCGGGACACAGGAAGAUUCUCGCACUGUUCCUGGUUGA